UGUUGUCAUCAUGGCCAGGUAAUGUGACACACGCUAUGAUUCCAAAAUCGAUGAUUCCUGAUAAUUUAGCAUCGAUCGUUAUUUAAUAUUCAGGUAUUUUAAACGACAAAUUACCAAAGAUCAAAUGCUUACUUCAUCAUAUACACAUGUAUUCAAUUUUCAAGCGAAAUCACCGAUUCAAAAUAAAAAUACCUUAGAAAUGACUGACGGUGUACAAGGAUUUCUUGGAGAAUUGGGACUAUUGCAGUACUAUGACAUGUUUGUGAUUAAAGGCUUUGACUCGGAGGAUGAUUUGUGUUACCUUGACGGCAAAGAUUUAGAUGCUAUGUACAUAACAGAUCCAGAUCAUCGAAAACAAAUUUUAUGUUCAGCUUCUGAUUUCCGACCAAGUGAACAAUACAAGGUUUUAGAUUGGCUGAAACAAAAUGGUCUGGAGCAUUAUUUCCAAAGUUUUGUAGAAGGCGAUUACGCCAGUUUGGAUGAAAUUGAGACACUUAAUUUACCAGAUGAAGAAGUUUACGAUGAGUUAGAAAUAACAUUACCAGGUCAUAAACGACGACUAGAGCGUGCAGUGAAUAGAUUACGGAAGAGACACCGACCACUCUUGCCAGCCAAAACUGAAGUGCCUGUUGCAUUUGGACGAUGGGGAAAGCCAGCAUGUUUAGAAGAUGCCAAAUUUGAUUUCCUAAUCUUAGAUGCUACUGUUAUAUCAACAAAUAAUCCUGCAAAAUUUCAUACUUUUGAAUUUAUGAUAGAUUCAGGCAGUGAUGUAGUGACAGUAAGAGAGGAAGUACUGAAGACCCUUGAUUUAGAACUUUUAGGACAAAUACACAGUAAAGGAGUACAUGGAUCUAAGAAAACUAAUCUGUACAAAGCUACACUCAGGAUUGGUACACAGGAAAUGGAGAUAGAGGUAAUGGGUGAGACCUAUGAUUCUUUAGGGAGUCGUGUUGUUAGACAUUUUCGCCAUUACUUGGAUGGUAGUCGACACGUUUGGUUGAAAGGAAAUUACAGGGAUCCAGGAACAAAUAUACGAGAGGCCUCGUCCGACCUAAAGGCAUUACUCCCCCCUGAAACAUCAUCCAAUAAUUCAUUUUCACCAAUAUCAUUGGCAGGCAUUACAGACACUUCAUCAGACCAGAAGACAUUAUCUCCCCCUGAUACAUCAUCAAACAUAUCAUUCUUACCAAUAUCACGUGCGCCAGUCACUGUCACAUCAUCAGAGUGUUUAAGGAAACCUACUCCUUUGCCUGCAAAGACAGUUUCUAUAGACAGUGAUCAUAGCAAGCUAGAAAUCUGUAAUAGUGAUGUGACUUUAUUAUCAAAGCAAGAUACUAUAGAAAUAACAGGGGAAGAUAAUCCAUCUUGAUGAAUGGAAUUACUAGUGCUACAAACUAUCUGUGAUACAUAUAGAAACUCUUCAAAUACAUUUUUAUGAAAUUUUGAUACAUUUACAGAAUAACUUUUAAUCUAAGACAAAAUUAUUUUUUGAAGUAGAGUAAACUUUGCUACAUUUGUGAUGCCAUCCGUCCACAUCAAUUUUGGGUUGUUCUUUCUUUUAGAUUUAAUUCACUAUUUAAAAGUCAAAUUAGUUGAUAUUAUUUAAACACUUUACCAGAAAUAAACAGAUUAUGGGGUCUGCUACAUUAAUAUUUUGAGGUCAAGGCUGAUUGGUGAUAUUUCUGACCAAACAUGUUUUGGAGGUCAGUCCAUUUAACUCAAUACUGUAAACCAACUUAUUUUUUGUAUACUGUAAAUUCAGAAAUUAUUGCCUGCAUUUAUUAUUGCGAUUUUUGAGAAAUGGACAAAAAUGCGAGAUUAAUUAUUGCGAUUUUAAGAAAAGCUGCUUAAAGACAUAUGUACCAGAUAUCAGAAUGCGAGUUCUAAUUAUUGCGAUCCUCACCCUGUCGCAUUAUUCGCAAUAAUUUCUGAAUUUAUAGUAUACGCGUUUUGUUGUAUCUUGCCAAUUUUGCAGCAAUAAAUAUUUUUAUGAUUCUCUAACUUAGCGGGGCCUCGUUGGCCAAGUGGUAUAAGUAGUUCUACUACUGUAAUCACUAGCCAGUCAACACUGAGGUUGUGAGUUCGAACCCCGCUCGUGCAGGUGCACUCGACUCCAAUCUUAAUUGACUAGGAUUGUCAGUAUUCCUAUCGAAGGUCAGUGGUUUUCUCCGGGCACUCCGGCUUCCUCCACCUAUAAAAACUGACCGCCACGAAAUAGCCCAAAUAUGGCGCUUAAAAGUGGCGUUAAAACACCAACAAUCAAUCAAUCUAACUUAGCAGUCGUCCUAAAGGUGAUUUACUGGAACAUUAUUGUUCUUAUUAUAAAAGUAAUGCUAAUAAAUAAUUUAACUGUCUUGAGAGGAGAUGUAUUAUAUCACACUUGAUGUAGUGGGAGGGAAGAGAUACAAUUCUUAGCAUUAGAAAAGAAAAA